UCUUAUCUAUUGAAAUUUGGAAAGGUCCAAAUUUCUUAUCUCCGUGAUACUGAUUAUCAAUAAAGUACGCCAGUAUAUAAACACCAAAAUCAGUGCAUCAGACAACAGCAGCUUGAAGAUGUUCAUUCAAUACAUAUUUGCAACAAUUCUCCUGGCUGAAGCCUGUCUGGCAGGCUUCUCUAGAAUCACUGAUGGAGUCAGUGCAAAGCCACAUGAAUUCCCAUAUCAAGUGUCAAUAGUUUGGGGAAUUCCACCUCUCAUUAAAUACCGUCAUGUCUGCGGCGGUUCCGUUCUCACAAAGGACUGGGUAUUAACUGCUGGUCACUGUGUCACUGAAUUGCCCAAAAUUGGUCGUAUGGGUGUUCAAGCUGGAAAGCAUUAUAUCGAUCGUCAUGAACCUGGCCAAGAAAACCGUGAAGUAUCAUUACGUGUCGUACAUCACAAUUACCCUGGAGGCGUUGCUCAACAUGAUAUUGCUUUACUUCGAUUGAAGACACCUUUAACAUUCAAUGACCAUGUUCAACCCGUUGCAUUACCUAAAGCUCAUAAAUUGCACAAGGGUAGUGUUGUUUUGAGUGGAUGGGGUUCAACUUCUAAAGGUUGGCUUCCAAUUAUGCCAAAAGAACUCCAAAAAGCUAAGAUUCCCAUUGUGGACUACGACACUUGCUUUGAAUCCUUCAACUCAAUCAGUUCUGACUUCGAACUAUUUGACACUCAAAUUUGUACUGGACCUAUUGGUGACUCAAUUUCUGCUUGCUCUGGAGAUUCUGGUGGUCCCCUUGUUCAAUUUGAUUCCCAUGGAAAACCUGAACAAGUUGGUAUUGUUUCCUGGGGCAAUUAUCCUUGUGGCAAAGCUGGUACUCCAUCAGUUUACACCAGAGUUUCAUCAUACGUCGAUUGGAUUAAUUCAAAACUUGAAGCUUCAUAAGCUGCUGCCACAUUAUCAUCGAAAUAAAUUUAUCAACAAAUCUUUCUUUUCAAUAUUAAUUAAAUAUAAAAUAAUUUACUCGAAA